AUGCACAGAGGAUUGAUUCAUGGUAUUGCUACUGAGUUACCAAACGCAGAGCAUCGAGCUUGUGCUAGACACAUCUACUCCAACUUGAAGAAAAAUAACAAGGCAGACAUGUUAAAGCCAUUGUUCUGGAGAGUUGCCAGCAGCUACAGUGAAGCUGAUUAUAAGGAGAAUUUGGAUAUUUUCAAGGAGUUUGACCCGCAGACUUGUCGCAUUCUACUUGAGAAGGAUCCAAGUACAUGGUGUAGGGCAUUCUUUCGGGUUGGUUGUUGUUGUGCUGAUACUCACAACAAUCAUACUGAAUCAUAUAAUAGGACUUUGAAGAUUGCAAGGAAAAAGCCAUUUGUUCAGAUGUUAGAGCUGAUAAGGAGAGAUGCUAUGCAACGAGUAGCUAACAGGUCCAUUCUUGCUGCAAAAGAAAUUGCAAAAUACACCAAAAAGGCAAGAAAAGAGCUGGAGAAAUCUUGUGAUGAAGCUAAAUAUUGUGCAAUGGUUACAAGCACUGGUGGCGAGUAUGAGAUUGUUGAGUUUGGGAUUGGAUAUUCUGUUGUUUUGAGUUCUCGUACUUGUGCAUGUAGGAAGUGGGAUUUGACUGGUAUUCCAUGUCGUCAUGCUGUAUGUGCAAUUAGAGAAAUGAAUUUGGAGGUGGAAGACUACAUCUCAGACUAUUACUUGACUGAGAAAUGGCAAGGAACCUAUAGGCGAGGUCUAAGGCCUGUGAAUGGAGCAAAAUUCUGGAAAGAUUCAGGCAGACCACGAAUAGCUGCACCACCUUACAAACGUCCUGCAGGGAGACUUAAGGGUAAAAAAAGGAUCAAAGGUCUUAAUGAAUCACCACGCAAGAAGAAAUCUGACAAGAAAGUUGAUCGGAAAGGACGAGUGGUGCACUGUGGUCUUUGUGGUGAAUCAGGUCAUAACUCAAGGCGAUGUCCUCAUGAAUCUACUGAGAACAGGGCAAAGAGAAGAAGACUAAAUAAUGCACCUCAACUGGAAGCUCAAGAUCAAGCUGAAAUGGAAGCAGCAUUUGCAGCAAUGGAAGCACCUGAAGAAGUAAUGGAAGCACCUGAAGCAGCAAUGGAAGCAACUGAACAUGAAGUGCAAGAUGUUUCUUCAUCUGCACCACAGAGAAGCUUCAUAAAUAGUUUGCUAUUUGGAUGA